AUGAGACAUCUCAACCCAGAGACUCCUUCUCUUGAUCCAUCAACAGAAGAGUUUGGCAAACAAUCUCCUGCCUCUGCUUCAGUCAUCACCAAAAACAACGAAUCUCAACUCGCAGAGAAAAUAACCUCCAGAUCAUUCAAUUAUGUGAACAUUGAAAUGAUCGACAAAGAAUUGACAUGUCCCAUCUGUUACUUUCCAUUCUACGAUCCAGUGAUUCAUUCGAGAUGCGAAAACACCUUUUGUCGUGAUUGUGUGAGUUCUCUUCAAACAUGUCCAAUUUGCAGUGAAGGUGAUUUCUCAACAGAAAAAGGUUCAGCUGCCAAAAUUGUUCGAAAUCAAUUGGACAAGUUGCAAGUGUUUUGUUCCAUGUGUAAGAAUGCUGUCAAUAGAGGAGAAUUGAAAGAUCAUCAAGAAAAGUAUUGUCCUCUUCAUGAUGCAUAUGCACAAGUGGAACAAAUGAAACGCGACUUGCAACAACAAUUUGAGGAAAAAGUUGUCAAGUUGGAACUUGAAUUUCAAGAACGAACUCAACAAUUGGAACACAAUCUUCUCGAGAAGGAUGAACAACAAAAGAAGGAAAACUCUCUCUAUUUAGAAGAAGAAAAGAACAAACUAGUUCAAGAAAAGAAUGAAAUGUUGAAACAAAUUGACCAAAUGAAACAACAAUUGGCAUUGGAACGAAAAGAAUUACAAGAAGAAAAACUCUCUCGUUUCAAAUUUGAAUACUCAAACAAACCCAUUCACUUGAACGUUGGAGGAAGUGUUUUGACAGUUUCAUUGGGACAUUUUCUCCGCAAUGAACGUGAACCUGAAAAUGUGUUUGAGAAAAUGUUCACUGGAGAAUUUCCAUUGUAUGAAACUCCAUGUACUACGUUUACAGAUAAGGUGUUCUUUGUGGACUGUCCACCAAGAAUAUUUGAAGAAAUUUAUUCAUGGAUGACCGAUGGAUGUGUGGAAGUAUGUAAGACCAACAAAACUCUCAGAGCUCAAGUCAUGAAAAAAGCGAAAACCUUCCAAUUGUACAACUUGAUGAAAGAGUUGGAGAAUAUUGAAGAUGACGAUGGUUCUUCAUCCUCCAAGUUGAAAAUGUCACAAAUUGAUUUCAUGAACAUGGUCAAUUUGUCAAGAUCUCAAAAAACCACGUUGAAUUUGUCAGGAAUGGAUUUGAGAAGUUUGGUCAUGCAAAAUAUGAAUUUAACUCAUUCCGAAAUUAUUUCUUCCAACUUUAGCAGAAUGAAUUUGAAAGAUCUCAAACUCAACAAUUCUAUUUUAAAUGGUUGUAAUUUUUCAGGGUGUGACUUGAGCAAUGUGGAUUUCACAAAGUGUGAUUUGAGAGAUUCAAAUUUUUGUGGAGCUAGUUUGAAUUCCACCAAUUUAACCAAUGCUAAUCUUCAGGGAUGUACGUUUGACAAGAACACAAAGUUCAUCUCAACCAAAUUUGAAGGUGUGAAUUUGACAAAUUCUUCGUUGAAAGGAGUCAAAUUGGAUGGUUUUACAUUUUCCAAUAUUAAUUUUUCCAAUUGUGACAUGAGUGAAAGCUCUCUUAGCAGUUGUACAUUCAAUUCCUGUAAUUUGAGUAACUCAAAGAUUCUCUCUGCUUCGCUCUCUGAAUGUAAAUUCCAAAACACAAAUCUUGAGAAUUGUACUUUAAAUGGAUCCAAGAUCAGUAAUUGUUCCCUUAAUGGAUGUAAUUGGGGGAAAUCAUCACUCUCAAAGUGUGUAUUUUCGAGUUGCUCCUUCAACAAUAUUGAUUUUAGAAGUGUUAUUGUGGAUGAGAACACUAAAUUUAUGAAAUGCAAAUUUGAUAAUUGUAAUUUGAAAGAGCGAUCAGACAUCACUCAAACAUUGUCAGACACAACACCAUUAGUUAACUGUGAUGUGAAUGGAUGUGACAUGAGUAAUAUUGAUCUAAGAGGUUCUCUUUUCCAAAAUAUUUCUGACAUGAAUAUAUCAAGCUCAAAUCUUGAAGGAUGUACAUUCAAACAAGUCACUCUCCAAAAACUGAGAUUUGAUUCCAAAACCAAUCUCUCUGGUUGUAAACUGGAACAAGUAGAUUUGAGUGUAUGUGAUUUAAGCGAGUAUAACUUGACCAAAUGUUCUUUUAUUGGUUGCAAAUUUGAAUCAACCAUUCUUCAAAACACCAAUUUCUGUGGAACUUCCUUCAAUAAUUGCUCAUUCAAAGAUGUUGAUUUGAGAACACUUGUUACGGAUGUCAAUACUCAUGUCACCCAAUGUGCCAUGGAAAAUGUGGACUUGUCUGGAAGAACAGACGUCAAGAAUCUUGUUGUCGGAGGAAAUUCUUUCACAAAUUCGAUUUUGAGCCAAUGUGAUUUAUCAAACUCUGUUUUGAAAGGUUGCUCGUUUACACAAUGUCAACUCAAAGAAACCAAUUUAAGCUCAUGUGAUUUUAGAGAAUCUUUAUUCAAAGAUGUAGCAUUUACAGAGAUCAUCGUUGAACAAACAUCAUUUUCUGGUUGUAAAAUGGAGCAAGUGAAUUUUGGAGAGAUGAAUUUGAAAGAUUUUACAUUUUAUAAUGGUGUUUUAAAUAACUGUAAUUUUUCAUUGUGUGAUUUAUCAAACACCAAUUUCUCCAAAUGUGAUUUGAGAUCAUCCAACUUUUGUGGCUCCAAUUUAAACUCAACCAAUUUCACAAAUGCCAACCUUCAAGGUUGUUUGUUUGACAAGGAAACAACACUUGUUUCUACUCAAUUGGAAGGUGUGAAUUUAUCAAAUACUUCACUUUGUGGUUUGAAAUUCGAGGGAUUCGCUUUUGGUAAAAUUAACUUCACAAAUUGUGACCUCACUAUCGUUGAGAUGAAUAAGUGUGCAUUUAAUGAAUGCAAUUUUAACAAGACUAAAUUGGAAAAGACUACUUUCAGGGAAUGCACAUUUACCAACUGUACCUUCAAUAACGUUGAUUUACAAACGAUUGUUGUGGACACCAACACUCAUGCCACACUCUGUACCAUGCAACAAGUGAAUUUAUCUGGAAGAAGUGAUGUGAAGAAUCUUGUUGCAGGAGGAAAUUCAUUCACAAAUUGUAAUUUGAGUCAAUGUGAUCUGAGUAACAUGGUGUUGAAAGGAUAUUCUUUUGUGAGUUGUAUUCUAAAAGAAACUGAUUUUACCAACUCUGAUCUUUCAAACUCGAACUUAAAACAAUGUGAUUUGAGAGGAACGGAAUUUAAACAAGUGAAUUUUUCUUCUUGUGAUUUUAAUGAUUGUGAAAUGGAUCACACAACUGUUUUCAAAGCAUGUGAUUUGUCAGGAGUGAAUUUUGACAACAAACGGUUGAACGGAAUGAAUUUCAUGAACAGUAAUUUAUCUUCAGCAUCAUUUAAAAACACAAAUUUGCAAGGAUGUAAUUUACAAGAUUGUAACAUGAAAGGAACGAAUUUACAGAAUACAAAAUUCGACAAUUGUGAUCUCAAUAGAUGUGACAUACAAGGCUCGAAUGUGGUAGGAAUGAAAAUUACUAAUUGCCAACAUGAGAGUAUUUUUUCUUCAAGCACCAUUUUGAAUUCCACAUCUGCUUUCUUGAUAUCAUCGAGCCUCAAAUUGAAAAAAGGAGACAAAGGAUGUCUGUUAUAUCGUGGAAGUAGAGAUGGAUUCACUUCACACGCAUUUCAUUCCAAAUGUGAUUCAAAAUCGCCAACUCUCACAAUUAUCAAAUCAGCAGAACAUGAUCAAAUCUUUGGAGGUUUUACCACACAAACAUGGAACCAUAUUGGUAAUUACAAACGAGAUACCGAAGCAUUUAUUUUCAAAUAUCAUGAUUCCACAUGUACUUUUGAGAUUUUACCUGUCACAAACUCUGAUAAGGCUAUUUAUACCUAUUCCUCUUACCUUGCAUGUUUUGGAAGAGGUUAUGAUAUUUGUAUUUCAGACAAGUGUAAUGAAAAUACGAAUAGCUCUAGCUAUUUAGGAUACAGUUACAGCAUUCCUGAAUCAUUGAAAAAACAAAACUUGAAAUAUGGAGAUGAUCAAGUACAAUCUUAUUUAGCUGGAUCUUAUAAAUUCGGUGUCUCUGAAAUUGAAGUAUACCAAGUGUAA